CAAUCCCACAGAGAGUCGGGUGAGAACAGGUCCCCACGCCCGGCCCCCACCAGGCAGCCCCGGGGCCACCAGUCUCCUUGGGGUGGGCAGGGCCAGGCACUCAGCCCUUCUGAACAGAGACGGGACAAGCACUCCAUCAGGGCACCCCAAGGGCUGGUGUAGAUAUACCUGCAGCCCCAGGAUCCCUGUGGGUUUAAGGGUGAAUUUUCAUCCUUUUGGAGGAAAAAAAAUGAGCUGGGAGGCCUGGUUUCUGCUGCUGCUGCUGUGUUCCAGUGCUCGGGCCACCGCACCCCACAGGUGGAAGAGGGCUUUACUCUUCCCCGCUGCCCACCGGCCAAAGAGGUCAUCAUCCAUGCCGCUGAACCCUGUGUUUCAGACUUCCCUGGAGGAUGUAGAGCUGCUCUUUGAGUUCCUGCUCUCUGAACUUGUCAUCAGCCCUGACCUGGAGAUCUCCAUCAUAGAUGAAGAGCUAGCCUCCCUGCGCAAAGCCUCCACCUUCCGCAGCAUCUGCAACGACGUGAUCCCCAAACGCAUCCCCGACAUUCGCCGGCUGAGUGCCAGCCUCUCGGGCUACCCCGGCCUCCUCAAGAAAGAGGACUUUGAAAGGACAGCGCUGACCCUGGCCUACACCACCUACCGCACAGCCCUGUCCCAGGGCCACCAGAAGGACGUCUGGGCUCAGGCCCUUGUGAGCCUUUUCCAGGCCCUGAGACACGACUUGACUCGGUCCUCAGGCCCCAGGGACUGGCCGGGCAGGGACCCCCACACACAGUGAUGAGGAAGGACUGCUUUUCCUGCUCUCUUUACCCAGCCCAGCAGCAAACAAAACACAAGCCACCCAGCCAGGAGGUGGCUCAGUAGCUAAAGUGCACACCUCCCAUACAUAACCUUGGGUGCUGGGGACUGGGUUGUGAUGCACCCCGUUGAGCACACACAUUACCAUGCUCAGGGACAAGGUUUCGAGCCCCCACUCCCCAUCUGCAGGGGGAGAGCUUCACGAGAGGUGCAGCAGUUCUGCAGAUGUCUACCUUUCUUUCUCCCUAUCACCCCUUCCUCUCUCAAUUUCUUUCUGUCCUAUCAAAAAAAAUAAGAAUGGAAAGAAAAAAGG